CAUUACUGUAUUUUUGAACUGCUAACGUCAUUGACACCCACCUACAGUCCACUAGAAAUAUAAGUACAGAGAUCAGUUCGUUCGCAGAUUACAAGCAGAAGAACCAAGAAGGGGCAAGCCAGAGCCAAAUUCACUGGUAGUCUGUUCAUCUUUUCAACAUGUGGAAAGUGGUGCUCCUGGGUCUAUAUACAGUAUUGGCUGUAAGAGGAUUGACAAAGGGUGCUCCUUUCCAACCAGAAGAAAAAUGGAAACCUCUAGAUAACCCUAGAAACAGAGAUCUGUUUUUCAGAACACUCCAGGCUUAUUUUUCGGGCAGGGGACUUGAUCUCAGAAAAUUCCCAGCUACUUUCACUAUGAACAAUGAAGGACCGAGGCCUGUCAUGUUCUACUCAGAUCCUAUUGCUUCUGCAUUUGCAGAUUAUGAAGAAAGGAAAAAUUCUUUUCCAAAUCAUUUCAAAGGCUAAAAGAUGGUGCUGAACCAAGGUGUUAACUCCUCAACUUCACGCCAAGUGGUAACUCACAGCAACCCACUCCUGCUUUACCUGUGACACGACACUUCGGGGACCUCUCUGUGUCACGGUUUUCCCCGUGCAAGCUGCCUUCUCCCUCUAGCUGGCUCUUUGGUGUCUGUUGACAAACGCGUGCUGCUGGGCUCACAGCCUUGUGUUAAAACGUGAAUAAAAGGGGAGUGCAAAGGG